UUACUUAGACCACGCCCUCAUAUUUUCAUUGACAAAAUGGCCUACUACAGUAGCUUUCCCUCUAGUUUCCCCAGCACAUACAACACUGGCGGGUCUGGAGGAAAGAGCCAAGGAUCUCUCCUACAAGUCGUCAUAAGGAAACUAGCGGAGAGUUAUGAUGAUGAUGAGAGGAGACAGCAUUAUGAAGAGAUACAAGCUGAUCUUGAUGUUGCUGAGGAGAACCUACACAGUCUAGUUGACGAACAUCAGGACAAGCUUCACAGCACAUUAGCAACUUUUCAGAAAAUUGACGUAACAGUAAAAGAGAGUCAGUUCAAGGUUCAUCAGGUCAGAGAGAAUCUUGCUCUAUCAAGAGUUCAGCUCCAGUGUAAGAGGGAGGCACUGAAGAGACUUUACUUUGACAACGUGAAGCACAAGAUAAUGCUCAAGCUCCUAAAUCAAGUUGAUGACAUGAAGCAUGUUCCUGAAAAGCUCCAGUCCUACAGAUUAGAGAAGAAGUACUACGAGGCUACAGAACUAUUGAAAAAUGCAGUUAGUCUACUGGAGAAAGACCUAUCCAACAUUGAAGCACUGCGUGAACUAAGAGUUGAACUGAAGCACCUUAAAGAUAGUUUUCACGAGGAACUCAUUGAUGAGUUGCAGCAUCAGUUGUACGUGAAGGCGACUGGUUUUGCUUACCAGUCGGCCAUCAAUCAGUUCAGUCACUCUAUACAACAGCAGCACUCUCGUACUUCUUCUGAUGUGUCAUCAAGAUCAUCUCCACUACCAAUUCCAAGGAGCAGUACCAAACACUCUCGCCAUUCAUCAAAAACUAUAACUGAACCAACUUCAAUAUUACUCACUCCGCCUCCAGUGAUUGAAACAAGCAUUAAUGAGGAGGUUGAGGCUAGUAUGGAACACCAGUCUGCUCUGGUGGAGUACAUCAGUAGUUUAGUUGAGUCACUCUCGAUGCUGGGGAAAGUCCCUGAGAUGCUGGACGCUAUUCAAAAGAAAAUGCUGCAAGAGUUGGUUCUUAUCAUUGAAAAGGCAUCAAUUAGAAUAGCACAGCUUGUUAAAGAUGAAGGCGUGUCUCUCGAGAUGGCUCCCUCUUCCAAGUGCACUAAUCCUAAGUACCUGGAGACUCUCCUUGAGAUGUGUUUCCAGCAGUUUGACGACGUCGUGGCUGCUCACUCCCUCCUACUCAAGUGUCUCACUAAAAUAAAAGCAACUUAUAAAGGUACUUACGAGUUAUAUUCAGAAAUAGAUGUAUGGACAGCAAUACAGCAUGUGUUAAGAGAUUUGCUUGAGAUUUAUUUGGCAGUAGACGAAGAGAAGCCUCAUACAGCAAUGUCUGCUUUUACACCAUUCGCUAUUGCUGGUCAUGAAUUUGUCAUUUUUAAGAAGAAGGUUGCUACUAAGACUAGGAAGCAGCCUCUCUUUCGUUUUGAUAACUCCCGUCACGCCCUGAGUGUGAGCUCCUACAUUAAGGAGCAACGAGACAAAGAACUGGCGGCUCAAGUUCAGAGUGGACAAGUUGCUCAAUUGGAGCAUAAUUUUGAAGACAAUCAGCCGUCGAUAUCACAACACAUAGUCUGCAAACCUUCAGCACGUAAUAUCACAGUGAUGUAUUCUCCUGUAAGAGAUUUUGUGCUCAAAAUUGAAGAGGCGAUGCAGCUGCAGCCUGAUACACAUUGUGACCUUUAUCAGUUCCUACAGGAUUUUGUUGAAAAUCGAUUUCUUGACACGAUACAGAUUGAAUUUCAAGAGAAAAUGGACAAUGCCCUCAAACCUGAAGCAAGAGACUCCAUUAAAGUGUUGAGGAAUUCAAACAAGCCAGCACUUCUUGCGAGUUCUGUUAUAUUGUGGGAUUCAUUAAAGGAGUUGUAUCAACUGAUGCUUGACAUUCCAAUGUAUUCAGCUAACUUCCUAUCAAUAGCAUACAAUCUGCUCCAGACUUAUGUGGAGAUAACUCUAAAUAUGUUUAAUGAUUGUGUAUCUGCGUCACCUGGUGCUGCUGCAGCUAAUGUACCAGGUCCUUCAUUAGUAGCAGCUGCUGUGUGGGUUGGAGAUAGGGAGAGACUCAAAUCUUUAGUGAACUUUUCAUCUUGGGAACUUCUAAUGACCAAGAAACACAAACGUGUUGACACUUCAAGUGGAAAGAACAGCAUUUAUAAUGAGGAGUCGCAGCUGCUUCUCUCGUCCAGGAAGAAUUACGAAAGAUCUGAAAUGAUUUUUGAACAUGACAGCAUAAAAUUACUAUGUGUCCUUAAUGAGAGCAUGGAAUGGCUUGGUGUCAAGUUGGAAGAGAUGAUAAAGGAUAUGUCAGGGAAGUGGAAGGAGGAGAUUGAUGGGAGUAUGAUGAGUAGACUCAAGAAACACUUCUCAGUACACGAGCAACAGGCUGUUGUAGAUAAUGAUGUUCAAACACGUGAAUCAAUAGAGUCACUCUCUCACUGUCUCAGAGAGAUUAAGGAGAUAUCAAGGGCUGCCAUUAUGGUGCUCCAUUUAGAGAUUCGCUUUCAUUGCUUCUACUUCCUCAUGCCCACUCUUACACAGUCCACGUAUGUAUGUGAACAUGAAGUUGCUGAUUGUGAUUCUGGAGUGAAGGAGUUAGCUAAUGACCUGACGUCACUCAAGAUGAACACUGUUGGUAUACUGACUCUACCUAAACAAAGCUACCUUUUUGAUGGAGUCGGACAUCUAGUGGCGGCCAUUUUUAUUAACAGCACCUCUUUUCUGAAUAAAAUUAAUAUUAACGGAGUUAAAAAAAUGUGUCGGAAUAUUCAACACAUUCAGAGUUGCUUAUCAAAGAUAACUUCAGUCCGUGAGAAAGAUUUAGACCUAGCUCAAAAGUAUUUUGCGAUGCUGUACGUGAAUGAAGAGGAAUUUCUAAAGCUUGUGAUGGAGCAGGGGAGAGUAUUUAAUCAAGUUGAUUAUGUCAGUGCCCUUACUCUACUCUAUAACUCUCAAGGUCAUACUAACCCUGUCAGACUUGAUAAUAAUAUCAAGAAACUGGAGCAAAUGUUUGACGAUGAUGCUUGCUAGGAAUUGAAGCCUGCCGGUCCUGCGAGACUUUUAUAAAAUUGUUUUUAUUAGCUAGUUAGUAGUGUGUCUAUGUGGGUUCAAUGCAAACUGAUUAUCCUUUAUAUCGUGUGUCUGUGUGCUUGUACUUACAUGUAUGUGUACUUUCAUGACAUCAAAGUCCAUCCAAUAUCAACUACA